CUGCCAGAAGAAGCGGAACACAUGAUAGAAAGGAAGACCGCGGGAAAGGAAGCGGACACCCCGCUGUCUUCCGGGGAAGCCAAAGAGAUGCGGGCGGUGGUUUUAACGGGAUUCGGAGGUCUGAACAAAGUCCGGCUGAGCAGGAGAAACAUGCCGGAGCCGCAGGACGGAGAGGCGAAGAUCCGCGUCAAAGCCUGCGGUUUGAACUUCUUGGAUCUGAUGGUACGUCAGGGGACGAUAGAAAACCCCCCGAAGCCUCCGCUUGUUCCUGGAUUUGAAUGUUCUGGAAUAAUAGAGUCCCUGGGAGAAAACACAGAAGGAUUUGAGAUAGGGGACAGAGUUAUUGCUUUGGUGAAUUACAACGCAUGGGCGGAGGUGGUUUGCACGCCGGUGGAUUUUGUCUACAAGAUGCCGGGUGAAAUGACCUUCCCUGAGGCGGCGGCCUUCUCGCUGAACUUUGCAGCAGCCUACAUGAUGCUGUUUGAGAUUGCCAGUCUGAGAGAGGGCAUGUCCGUGUUGGUCCAUUCAGCCGGAGGUGGCGUGGGUCAGGCCGUGGCUCAGCUCUGCUCCACGGUACCCGAUGUCACCGUGUUUGGGAUCGCCUCGAGUUUCAAACAUGCAGCCAUCAGAGACACUGUGAGCCACCUCUUUGACCGAAACGUCGACUACGUACAAGAAGUCAGAAAGAUCUCUCCGGAGGGAGUGGACAUCGUCUUGGAUUGUCUCUGUGGGGAAAACACCAGCAAAGGCCUCGGGUUGCUGAAGCCACUUGGUACUUACAUCCUCUACGGUGCAUCAAACUUUGUAACUGGUGAAACGAAGAGUUUCUUCAGUUUUGCAAAAUCAUGGUGGCAGGUGGAGAAAGUGAACCCUAUCAAGCUCUAUGAGGAGAACAAAGUCAUCGCAGGAUUCUCGCUCCUCAACCUCCUCUUCAAGCAGGGGAGAUGCAGCCACGUGAAGACAGUGAUGGAGAAACUUCUGCUCCUCUACAAACAAAAGAAGAUCAAGCCGCUGGUGGACUCCCUGUGGGCCCUGGAGGAGGUGAAAGAGGCCAUGCAGAGGAUUCAUGACAGAGGAAAUAUCGGAAAACUCAUCCUGGAUGUGGAGAAGUCCCCCACACCUUUGAUGGCCAAUGACAGCACGGAGACCAGUGAGGCUGGCGAGGAGGAGGAGGAGCCAGAAGGAGACAAUGACAACAAGGAGCGUAUGCCCUUCAUCCAGUAG